UUGGCUUUCAAGGAAUACCAAGUUAUCGGCCGUCGUUUGCCAACCGAGUCUGUUCCUGAACCAAAGUUGUUCAGAAUGAGAGUGUUUGCUCCAAACGAGGUUGUGGCCAAGUCGCGUUACUGGUACUUCUUGCAGAAGUUGCACAAGGUCAAGAAGGCCUCCGGUGAGGUCGUCUCCAUCAACGUCAUCAGCGAGGCUCACCCAACCAAGGUGAAGAACUUCGGUGUCUGGGUCAGAUACGACUCCAGAUCUGGUACCCACAACAUGUACAAGGAGAUCAGAGACGUCACCAGAGUCGGUGCCGUCGAGUCCUUGUACCAGGACAUGGCUGCCAGACACAGAGCCAGAUUUAGAUCUAUCCACAUCUUGAAGGUCGUGGAGUUGGAGAAGACUGCCGACGUCAAGAGACCAUACGUCAAGCAGUUCUUGACCAAGGACUUGAAGUUCCCAUUGCCACACAGAAUCCAGAAGUCCGACAAGAUCUUUGCUUACAAGAGACCAACCACCUUCUACUAA